CUGCAGGUAUCAGGAUAUGAUUUGUGACAGGAUAUCAGAAUGACGUAGUGAGGCACGCUUAGUCUGGCCAGCGAUCAGGAUGAACAUAUCCGGGUGGAACAUGAAAGGUCGCCGGAUGCGUAAUGGCGGUGGUCCGGGAUGAACGUAUCCGUGUGGGACAUGAAAGGUCGCCGGAUGAGUGAUGGAGGUGGUCCGGAUAGGAAAGCGCGCCACGUGUAUUCUUGGGGGAAUCCGGAUGUGGGUAUUCCGGGUAGGAACACGUGCCACGUGUCGUCAGGGGACGUGUGCCACGUGUCAUCAGGGAUGGGUCCCUACAAUGCCCCCCUUUUUAAGUUGUCGAUUUUGCCCUAGCAAAAUGGGCGGGUUAAAAAAGAAUGAUUGCCUCUUAAAACCGGGGUUCGCUUUUUGUUCUUACUGGGCCACGUGGCGAGCUGGGGCGAAAAGACAGGAGAGCCUUUAUGGCGAGCCGCCGUCUCUGGGUAUUCCCUAGGCAAAUGUGUCGGUUUAAUGAUAGCGUUUUUCUGAACGCUUGGGAUACUGAGGUGCUGUCUCUUAUAAAUAUCAGGCUGUGGACUCCCGUUGCUUUUUCUUACUGCAUCUUCCUUGUCAUCGCUUCAUUUGUCUGCUGUUUUGUCUUUGCUUGUGAGCGUACCGGCAGCAUUCAGGUGGUGACGGUGACUGCAUUUGCGGUUUUCGACCCUGUUUUCGAGUUUACACUUGAUUGUGCUUCAUCUUUGUACUGGAAAAUGUCUGCUACCAAGGAAGUUACUUCAGCUCGCCCGUCUGGUGACGCUCGUGCUGAAAAGUCUGUAGAAAAGUUGGAUGUAAAAGAAUUUCGCGAUCGGUUUUGCGUUCCUAAUGGCGUGUCUGUAGAGCUGUUUGAUGGAGAGGGCGUGUUGCCUGAGAAGCCGGAAAAUAACGCGAUACUCUUUACCAAGGAGCAGUUUAAUGCUGGGCUUCGAUUCCCUGUCCCGUCUCUGCUCAAGGAAUUUCUGCAUUUCACCCAGAUUCCUCCAGUGUACGUACAUCCCAACAUGAUCCGGGUGCUGAUGGGGUGCAGCAUCCUGAGCAUGCUGUUCAACUUGGACCUCUCAUUACUGGAGGUUCUUUUCGUUUACUCGAUCAAGAAAGUGAAGAGUAACAUCUUCAGCUUCGUCGCCAGCCUUCCAUCCCUGCAACUGGUGACAAACCUACCAGAUUCGAAUAAAAAGGCCGCCAAGGGGCAGGUGCUGGUCAAGGGCGUAUGGGCAGGUUUGUCUGAGCAUCCGGACAGGCCCUUUGUUCCCAAUCAGUCACUGAAGAUUCCAGACCAGGAUAAGAGAGGAAAACUGGUGGAGUGGGUGGAGAAGGCUUCGUUCGAUCGUUUGAACAAGCUUUUGAAAUAA